AUUUCUUAAAACUAAAGUGAUCUAGAUAUGAAGUGUGUGUAAAAAAGUUUAUGAUUUUAAUUUCUAUGUAAGAUAUAAAUGUAAAUAUUUGUUGUACGCGUACCUUAGAUAGCCUCAACCAGCUGCAGCCAAGAUGUCUUUCCGCGUGGUCCGCACUUCAAAAUUCCGACAUGUCUACGGACAGGCCCUCAAAAGGGAACAGUGCUACGAUAACAUUCGGGUGUCAAAGAGUUCUUGGGACUCUACGUUCUGUGCAGUCAACCCAAAGUUCCUGGCUAUCAUCGUCGAGAGCGCUGGGGGUGGCGCCUUCAUCGUCCUACCGCACAAUAAGGUAGGACGCAUCGCAGCGGACCACCCCCUGGUGGGGGGUCAUAAGGGUCCCGUCCUCGACAUAGCCUGGUGCCCGCACAAUGACAAUGUCAUCGCCAGCGGUUCCGAGGACUGCGUGGUCAAAGUGUGGCACAUCCCCGAUGGAGGCUUGCACAAGACCCUCACCGAGCCCAUAGUGGACCUGGUUUACCACCAGAGGAGGGUGGGGCUGGUACUCUGGCACCCGACGGCCUUGAACGUGCUGCUCACCGCCGGCAGCGACAACCAGGUGGUCAUUUGGAACGUGGGUACCGGAGAGGCUCUGGUGGAGAUAGACUGCCAUCCCGACAUCGUGUACAGCGCUUGCUUCAACUGGGAUGGGUCCAAGCUGCUGACCACCUGCAAGGACAAGAAAAUUAGGAUUCUCAACCCCAGGACGGGAGAAGUCGAGACUGACGCCGUUUGCCACGAAGGUUCCAAGGCUACCCGGGCGAUAUUCCUGAGGCACGGCUUGGUCUUCACGACGGGUUUCUCCAAGAUGUCGGAGCGGCAGUACAGCCUGCGCACUCCUGACUGCCUGGGGGAGCCCAUCGUGAUGGUCGAGCUGGACACGUCCAACGGGGUCAUGUUCCCGUUGUACGACCCCGACACGAACCUAGUGUACCUGUGUGGCAAGGGGGACUCUGUUAUUAGAUACUUCGAAAUAACGGCGGAGCCCCCGUUCGUCCACUACAUCAACACCUUCCAAACCCCCGAUCCUCAACGGGGGAUCGGUAUGAUGCCAAAGAGAGGUUGCGACGUCACCUCGUGCGAGAUCUCCCGCUUCUACAGGCUGAACAACUCCGGACUCUGUCAGGCGAUCACCAUGACCGUCCCGAGAAAAUCGGAACUGUUCCAGGAAGACUUGUACCCGGACACCCUGGGCGACACGGCCGCUCAGUCGGCCGACGACUGGAUUGGGGGCCAGGACGCCGAACCUGUAUUGAUCUCCCUCAAGGACGGCUACAAACCGCCGGAAUCCAAAUCGGUGACCGUGCAUAAGAGAAGUAAUGUCCUGGACAAGAUGCCGCCCAAGGGGGGCAAGUCACCCACCACCCAGGCCUCGCCGGUGUCGGACAAGACCCUGCAGGAGUUCGCCGACGAGAUCAGGAAGCUGAAAGCGAUGAUCGUAAAGCACGAGAACCGCAUCAGGGCCCUGGAGGCGGAGGUGGCGCUGAACAAGGCCACAAACGCCGACGAGGACGGUUCCGGGGGCGACGGGCUCAACGCGCAGCCCACCCUUGCCUCAGACGAGGUGUAACGAACUCCGGAACGCUUCGGAUCUCAUCGAACUGCUCAAACUAAUAUGUAAAAGCAGGUCCGUCUGGAUCGCCGCGAAGCUGUUAUAUCCUCCUUGUGCCAAAACGCACGGUCUGUCUCUCUGUCUCUCUAAAACGCUGCCGGGAUCACGACAAUGCGGACAAGUUUUGUUUUUUUUUCUCUCUUUGGUCAAUUAGUAGCAUCGCCGAAAAAGCCAAGUGUCGUAGUUAGAGUUUACGCAAUUAUAGCUGUGUGUGUUCAUCAAAUGACUACAGUCCGGCCCGUUCUCGGGUCGCCCCUCCCCACUCUCCCCUACCGACAUAUCCACCCGCCGUCCCCACAACCCCCGACCCACAACCGUUUGCAUCGCCUCCGCUUUUUAUACGUAACUAAUGUAAGUCGCAUCGUUUUAUUUAUUUUUUUAUCACGCCGCAUCGUUUUUAAUCCGCCAUCCCCAUCCCCGUCCCCCGACAAAGUGCUCUUAUUAGUAGGUUAACCGAAAGAAGGGAGUCUUUACACCAGGAUUACCAACGACCUCGCCUAAACGGUUUUGCCUUACCCGGUAAUCGUUUUAUCCCACCCGGUAAUCGGUUUUAUCGGUAGAAUUACCGUUCAUCGGGAUCCGGUAAUCCCCUUUAUUUCUCGGUAAUGAUUUUUAUUGUACUUGGUUGGUGAACCAAAUCGUCGCGUCUGGCAUCCUUUGAAAUCGGUUACUGGUGGUGGUGAUUUUGAGGCGUUGGUACGCCUGGUGCCUAGGUUAGGUACAUUUUAUAGUCUGUGUAAUUUUCCAUGGAAUUUUUGAUCGGAACGGUUACUUGUAUUUGAAUAACGCUGCCUUAAAAACGAAUUUCUAUUUUCUUAAGCUUAACGAUGUAAUUUCUCUUGUUCGCUGUUACUGUUUUGAAGAUAAUCGGUUGUUAUGCGAUAAGGGCAGGUAGAAAAAUUGAUUGUUAGGAGAAUAUUUUUUUACGUAGUUCUCGUUUGAAAAAGAAAGUCUUAAUAGCGAUUUGUUGGUUGUUACGUAACGAAAUUGUUGGACAUUUUGCGAUUCAAAAAUUCCAUUUUUUUUGUGUGUUGCAAUAUAACAACGAAUAAUACUGUAUAUACAUGUAUAAAUAUAGUAUAUAACUGCAUUUUUUUCAGACUAAUAAUAUUAUUAAUGAUUGUAUUGUUAGUAUUUUUACAAAUACAUUGAAGGAAAUUGA